CACGGGGCGCGCAUGCGCCGCUGCGCCAGCUCGCUGUUCGCGCGGGGCCCAAGCCCGUCUGCUGCGCCUGCUGUGCUCCCGCCGGCGCCUCAGGCGCCAUGCCCGCCACCGUUGAGCGGGAGUUCGAGGAGCUGGAUGCACAGUGUCGCUGGCAGCCGCUGUAUCUGGAAAUUCGGAAUGAGUCCCAUGACUAUCCUCAUAGAGUGGCCAAGUUUCCGGAAAACAGAAAUCGAAACAGAUACAGAGAUGUGAGCCCAUAUGACCACAGCCGUGUUAAACUGCAGAAUACUGAGAAUGAUUAUAUUAAUGCCAGCUUGGUUGAUGUGGAAGAGGCACAAAGGAGUUAUGUCUUAACACAGGGUCCCCUUCCUAAUACCUGCUGCCAUUUCUGGCUCAUGGUUUGGCAGCAAAAGUCCAAAGCAGUUGUCAUGCUAAAUCGAGUUGUGGAAAAAGAAUCGGUUAAGUGUGCACAGUACUGGCCAACAGAUGACCAGGAGAUGGUGUUUAAAGAAACGGGAUUCAGAGUAAAGCUCUUGUCAGAAGACGUGAAGUCAUAUUAUACAGUACAUCUACUACAAUUAGAAAAUAUCAAUAGUGAUGAAACCAGAACAAUAUCUCACUUUCAUUAUACUACCUGGCCAGAUUUUGGAGUCCCUGAAUCACCAGCUUCAUUUCUCAAUUUCUUGUUUAAAGUGAGAGAAUCUGGCUCCUUGGACCCUGACCAUGGGCCUACGGUCGUCCACUGCAGCGCAGGCAUUGGGCGCUCUGGCACCUUCUCUCUGGUGGACACCUGUCUCGUUCUGAUGGAAAAAGGAGAUGAUAUUAACAUUAAACAAGUGUUACUGAAUAUGCGAAAGUAUCGAAUGGGACUGAUUCAGACUCCAGAUCAACUCAGAUUCUCUUACAUGGCCAUAAUAGAAGGAGCAAAAUGUAUAAAGGGAGAUUCGAAUAUCCAGAAACGGUGGAAAGAGCUUUCUAAGGAAGAUUUGUCUCCUGCUUUGGAUCAUUCACCAAACAGAGUCAUGACUGAGAAAUGCAAUGGAAACAGAAUAGGUCCUGAGGAGGAGAAGCUGCCUGGAGAUCGGUGCCCAGGGCUGGCCUCCAGGACUCAGGACCCUGCGGAGGAGAGCAGCGAGAGCAUUCUGCGGAAACGCAUUCGAGAGGACAGAAAGGCGACCACGGCUCAGAAGGUGCAGCAGAUGAAACAGAAGCUAAAUGAGGCUGAACGAAAAAGAAAAAGGAAAAAGAAACACAUUUUUCCUAAAAAUAUCUUUGAAAGAAAAUUCUUCGCUGAGAUAGGAACAGUUAGUGAAGACUUUGAGAUUGGUCUCUGUAAAGCACAUGACUACUGUGUUCAUUUUUGGAGAACGUUUUCAUGUAAUUACCCUCAUGUACUGGGCCAAGAUUGACAGACACCUAAAUGUUCAUGACUUGCGAAUAUUCUGCAGCUAUAAAUUUUGAAUCAUUGAUGUGCAGAGCAAGACCGAAGCCCACUCCGGAGCUGACGUGAGGCGCAUAGCCCUCGAUCGCUUCACGGUUGUCUGUUUACAGAGUAAACUCCACAUCAGGGACGAGGGGCCACCAGCAGAAGAUGUGCAGAACCUCGACUUUGCUGCAUCGCUGCACGCUUUUUGGUGCGUGUGUGACAAGUAGAAAGACAUCUAAGAAAGAAAUGACAGACUACUUUGUAUUGUACUGCCAUUCCUACUGUAUUUUUAUACUUUUUGGCAGCAUUAAAUAUUUUUAUUAAA